AGCAACCUGACAAUUUGAGAAAAGCUGGCACGAGUGCAAUUGAACAGCUUCGUGAAUAUACAGAAGUGAGUAGUUUAGCGGCAGAUGAAAGGUUUGCUAUAAUGUCAAUCAAUGAAAUUCGUAACCGUGGUGCGGCUUUAGGUAUCGAUUUUAAGGACUGUGUCAACGAGGCACAAUUUUUAAACAAACUUAAAGGGGUCGUGACAAGUCGUAAACAAGUUGCAGAAAAUAAUCCUGAGGGUGGUUUUUAUUCAGCCGAAGAUGCCGAUUCUUAUCCUUCUGAAGGCGCCAAACACAAACUAGAGGGUGCUUUUUGUGUAUGGGAAAUGUCUGAAAUCAAAGAAAUAUUAGGGGAUAAGAAUUCGGAGAUUUUCUGCCGGCAUUACGGUGUGAAAUCAAAUGGAAAUGUUGAUCCAAGUAAAGACAUCCAGGGAGAAUUGAAGCAUAAGAACGUUUUAAUUGAACGAUAUACGUUAGAAGAAACAGCGGAACAUUUCAGUAUUACAUUAGAUCAAUUGAAAGAGGUUCUUUCAGAAUCUCGGAAGAAACUUUCAAAAUAUCGUUGCGAAAAGAGGCCUAAACCACACCGCGACGAUAAAAUUUUGGCAGCAUGGAAUGAUAAGCAAAAUCAAUUAUUUUAUGAUGAAAAAUCUGGAGGGUAUUAUAAUGUUAAGGAAGAUACUCGGGAUAUUUUAUUGAGGCUGAAGGAUGAACCUUCAGCGAAUUCUGUCUCGGUCAGCAACUUAAUAUUACUUAGUAACAUCGUCAAUAACCCUGAUUACAACGUUAAAGCAGAACGAACAUUGAAAUAUUUUGCGGGAAGAUUAAACAUGAUGCCGUUUUCAAUGUCUGCAAUGGUUGCAAAUUUGAUGUUACAUAUAAAAGGCGUUAAACAGAUAAUGGUUAUUGGACGUGAACAAAAUCAAAUUGUUCAACGAUUUAUUGAGGUCAUUCGUGAUCAGUUUAUUCCUAAUAAAACUUUACUUUUAGCAAGACCUGAAAAUGAACUCCUACUGGAAAAAAAUGAAAUGGUAAAAGCUAUAGUACAAACAGAAUUUGCUGAUACCUCAAAUAAAGGAGCAGAGGACAAUGUUCCAUCGGUACAUAUAUGUGAGAACUUCACUUGUGGAGCACUAUCUGAGUUAAAAGUAAAAG